AUGUCGGCCAUUCGCCCCGACUCGCCUGUGGAUGGUGUCGUUUCGGUUUCAGGUCAUGAUACUUUCGAUGAGAAAAAAACUAUCAAUGUGAUCACCAAAGAUGAACAUCAGGUUACCAGUACAUCCUUCGGGUCCGGCGGGGACGGCAGUGAAGAUGACUGCGGUAGAAGUGAUGUGAUUAUCGUCGAUGGUGCUGAUGCGGCAAAUCAUUUGCUCCCAAUGCGGGAUGACCAUGACCCUGCUUUAACAUUCCGGAGUCUCGUCUUGGCCUCUGGUCUGGCCUGCUUCCAGUCGGUUAUGUACCAGAUUUAUAUGUUCAAACCAACAUCAAUUACCAUUCAAGGAACCUUCAUCGUCCUCAUUUCCUAUUUUGUUGGGAGAGCCUGGGCCAAGUUUCUUCCCCGCGGAGAAAAGUUUGAAGCUCGAUGGAGAGCGAAGGGUGGCCAAGGAAAGCUGCCCUUGUAUAUCACCAUUCUCAAAUUCAUCAACAAUGGGCCCUGGACGUUGAAGGAACAUGCCAUCUGCUCAAUCACGGCAACGAGUGCUUCAAACGCCGCAGCUGCCUCCGAGGUAUUUGCAGCACAGGAGCUGUUCUAUAACAUGUCACUGACUCCGGCAACUGUGAUCUUGAGCACCAUCUCCAUCGGCCUGUUUGGAUACGGAAUCUGUGGAAUCAUGCGUCCCAUUUGUGUCUGGCACGUUGAUGCAGUCUACUGGAGUACCCUGCCUACUGUCAAGGUCCUCCAAGGGCUCCAUUGGCAGGAGUUGAAAAAUUCCAAGCCAUUGAGAUACUUCUGGUAUGCCUUUACCGGAAUGACACUCUAUGAAAUAUUCCCUGCCUAUAUCUUCGUUUGGCUCAACUCUGUCUCCGUCCCGUGUCUGGCUGCUAUGAAGGCUACUGGUGAUAAGGCUGCUGUCCUUACUAAUAUCUUUGGCGGAGCCUCGAACAACGAAGGGCUUGGUCUUUUUUUCUAUCUCAUUACCUCUUUCCAAACUGCUCUUCCUCUCACGCUGCAGGCACACCAAGCUGCUGGUUUUGUUGCUUGUUUUAUCGCUAUGAUUGGUAUUUACUACGGAAACGGCUGGGACGCAAAGUCGCUUCCUUUCAUGUCGACAAAGCUCCUAAUGAGCAAUGGAACUGCAUACCCGGUCGCCGAUGUCUUUAUUGACGGUGUGCUAGAUGAAGAAGCGCUGCUCAGUUAUGGCCUGCCAAAACUGACUGGAACAUUUGCUUUCGCCAUGUUCAUGGCUAAUGCUGCUAUCGGCGCUCUUAUUGUUCAUUGCUUUCUCUUCUGGGGUAAGGACAUCUGGGCCGCGUUCAAAAAAGCCAAAGAAGGUCGAUAUGAUGAUCGUCAUCACGAACACAUGGCGAAGCAUUAUGAGGAGGCCCCUUGGUGGUGGUAUGUAGGAGUUUUGAUCAUCAGUUUCAUUCUCGGCCUCAUCGUGGUCCUCAAGGAGGACGUCUCGCUCCCAGCCUGGGCAUAUGUUGUCUCCUUGGUAGUUGGAAUCAUCAUAUCGCCAUUUAGUACUAUUUUGUACUCUCGCUACGGAAACGGUAUUGCAACCAACAACCUCUCGAAAAUGUUGGCUGGUCUUAUGAUUCCUGGACGUCCGGUCGGAAACAUGUAUUUUGCUGCUUGGUCGCACAACGUCAUCUCAAAUGCGUCAAAAUCCCCCCCACGUGUUAUGUUCUUGACUCAGAUUUGGGGCACUAUCCUUGGCGGAUUUAUCAACUAUGCCGUUAUGAUCUCAAUUGUCAAAGAAAACAAAGUGGUUCUAAACACAUCAAAUGGCAGUAACUCUUGGAGUGGUGCCACGUUGCAGGCUUACAACACCAAUGCGACCUCCUGGGCUCUCGCCUCCUAUCUUUACAAGACAGGUACCCAGUACUGGGUGGUGCCCAUUGGCAUUGCCAUUGGCGCUGCCUCUGUUGUUGCCCAUCGCAUCUUCUACCACUUCGUUCCUAAAAUCCGCAACUUUGACGUUGCUGAUAUCAACAUGCCUCAGUUCAUUCAGUACGCUGGCUACAUCCCCUACAACCAGAGUCAGACCUGCGUCCUCUUCAGCUGGGUCAUCGCCGGCUUCUACGUUCAGUACUACUUGCGCAACUACCGCCCUCGCAUUUUCAAGGACUAUUCAUACUUGAUUACUGGAGCCUUUGAUGGCGCUAGUCUGACUGUAUUGUUUGUUCUUUCGUUUGCGGUUUUCGGCGCUGGAGGUGCUUCCCACGCAUUCCCAACGUGGUGGGGUAACAAUGCCGACGGAAAUUAUGAUCUUUGCCCUUCUUCAUAG